AUGGCGUCGGUAAGGUCCCUCGGCCUGCAUCACCCCUCGGGGCUGCGUCACGCCAUCGAAGAGCAACUGCUUUCUCCAAAUCCGGCUCCUUCAGAAUACAAGUGGGAAAUCACGUCGGAUGAGAGGGACAGCGACGCACUCGAGGACGAGCUCUUGACCACCCAAGACUGUGUCAUCUGGUGCCGAGGGGGCAUGUUCAGGAAGUCCUUCAAAUUUGGACUUGAGAAAGAACCCAUCACCCAGGCUCUUCUGGCUUAUUUUGCGACUUCGGAGGAUGCCCUACAAAAUGCCCAUCAUAGUGCUAGCACUCCCAUCCAAGCACCGUCUCUCGCCGCGCCAAGAUUGGAAAAGGCCCUGGCAGUGUUUCUCAAGACGCAGGCGCAUAUCUUCUUCCUCUCGGGCACCAGCCAUAUCAUCCACAUGCCAUUCGAAGUCGAGUCCGCUUGUGCAGGACCCAUUGGAGUCGUCAUUCAAAGAAAGUACAAGGCGGAGAACCUCGCUCCAAUUGCGCUCAAAUUCCCACGGGUUCCCCCAAACUCCUUCAUCUCCUCACAGCUCACGGCACUCAACAGCUCACAGCAGAACGUCUUCUCGGUGGAAGGGAUGGGAAAGCCUAAGCCGCUUCAUUUUGGCCUAAGUUCGACACUGGAGAAUAUGUGGGAUACGCCUUUAGAGCAGCAACAGUUGUCGCACUGGCCACGCCUCGUCUCGCUCAUGGAUCCCUUGUCUGACAUUGGCCUGGUUGUUGGCGAGCCUGAGCCUCACAGCCGCCGUCCCACACGCCAUAACAAAUCCAAAAAGCCCAUUUUUCUUGAUCCGGCCGAGGAAAUUCUUCACAUACAACAAAUCAACUUGCCGGAAUCCGAUCCCGGAACCUCUGAUACCCCCUUGAUACUAGCCGUUACUGUAAACAGAGAACUCGGCUCCUACACUGUUUGGCGCUUGAAGUAUCUCGAGCAUGAAGAUCCGUUUACUGGACAUCAGAGGAAGGCAAAGAAUAGGGCUGCCAGACGCCGGAGCUCGAUGCCACCUCAAGGCUUCGCAAGCGGGUCCUCAACGCCAGUUCAGCAGAAUUACAGGGAGAGCUUUGGGGCGCCUCUCCCCGGUAAGCGUCAGCGAAAGAGUGAGAAACCUGAGAAGCCGUUGGACUUGGUGUCUUCUCUCGAACAACAAGACAAUGAAGGAACUGGUGUCACCCGAAGAAGCUCCCGUCGUUUGAGCUCCAUGCUUGCGCGAGCAGACCUGUCCGCCUCGCAUGAAAGAUCAGCUUUUGCUGACCAGCCUCUCACUUCCAACACCGGAGCACCCAAAAGGAUCGAAUCGCACAACGGCCACCAAGGGCGCUCCAGCUCCAGCCUUCACCACAUUCAUCCCAGCUUGGGAAGCUUGCUUGAGGCUCCACUCGACGCGGCAUUGGAUGAAAGUCUGCACAACAUGGGGCUUGAUGAUCAUGAUUUUGAUGGAUUACAGAAUGAGAUUCGCUUCACCAAGGUUCAGACUAUCUCUCUGGAUAGCUCCAAUGUCCGUUACUCGACAUCGACUCUUCCUGCAAGAUGCCAAACCAAGGUGUUCGUUCUGACCGCUCCGCCCUUCGCGGUGGAUGAGCAAGGGCGCACCCAAUUGCUCAUAGGAAUCCAGGAGCCGCUAGAGAAACGGCUUCGGAUGAUGACUUUGCAUGUCAAAACUCAAGAAAAGCCCGGUGCUGCUGCCAGCGCGUCCGGAAAGGACAAGUCCACGUGCUCGUUCGUCUCAAUAUCGCCCGGCGCGCAGUGGAAGGUUCAGAGUGUUGUUGACUCGUCAAAACUCGUUGAUGGGGACUUGUCUGUGAUACUGGUUCUUUCCGACUCCAAAGAUGGGCAGCACGAAUUGACCGCUCAGGCACCCUGGAUUGAGCUGACAAAAAUAUCUCUUCCCAUUUUGUUUGUCGAUGAUACCAGAAGCAUCCAAUAUCGAGGCAGAGUUGCUGACAGAGACGUCAAGCAACGAAAGUCAGAGGUUAUGGACCUUACCGGUGGAGGAAUAAUUGGCAUUCGUCAUCCGCGGAAGCGCGGUGUCGUUGACGUAGUUGACGCGCAUGGUCGGCUUCACCAACUCAGAAUUCAGCUUCAGCCAAGUUGCCCACAAGUUCAAAAAGUUCUAGACAUCUGCAAAAGUGUGCUGCCAGAUGCCCUGGGCGGCCGUCUUCAUGCAGGCUGGCUUCAUCUAACACAAUGGCUGCAGAAACACCAGGAUGAUUUAGCCAAUGUCGAGUGGUCUGCAACAGCAGUUCUCCUUCUCAGUUCUUUCCUCAAUCUUGGUCGUGAAGAUACCACCCAAUUUCAAACGUCUCAGUCACCUGAUCGAAAAAGAGGGCCUGCUUCUGAAUCUUUUGGUUUCAUUCUGGGGUUAGGGGACUGGAAGGCCUUGGAAGUGGGAGAAAGUGCAAAUUCGCUGGGUUUCCCGGUGUGGAUGAUGAAUCGGGGUUGGCAAUGGGCCUUGGAGGAAGAGCCGAUCGGUAACGCAUCAGCCCAGAGCGACACUCCCCUUACAUUUCUCGCGCGUCACAUUGCCUUGUCGAAGGACUACCUCAUCUCCUCCCUCGGUGAGGCAGCGUUGGGCCAUCAAGGAUAUAUGCCCAUGUCUCUUGCCAGGUCGGCUGCCACCAGACGCAAGGUUGCCGUGGACAUCUUUAUGGCGCUCCAUCUCCUCCUUGACGAACAGAAACUAGAUAUCACAACACCUGAGUACUUCUCUCCAGGCAGGGACUACCUACGAGUCUUGCUUUGCCAACUCGCUAGAUGGCUCAAGUGGCACACUUUCGCCGAUAUUUACGAGCUAGGCAUCCAGGAGGAUGUUGAUCCGCGCCAUGAUUCCGUUCAACCAGACAUUUUGGAAUGGAUCCAAUCCCGACUAUGCGGAGUUCGGGGGACGCCCUGUAUGACGCCCGCCGACAUAUAUUACGCCAGCUCACGGGUCUCGGAGGCCGAGAAGUUGCAGGAUAAGAGAUGGGACACUAUUACAACCAGAACACUGAUGUUCAAACGCCUCUUCAAGGUAAUCAGGCCCAAAUCGACUGCUGUUGAGAUGGUUGAAGCCAUGCAGGAUUGCGGGUUUACGAACUAUAUCCUCGAGUCGCUCCCUGAAGCUGUGCUGGCACCUCUUCAAGAUGCAAUAUCCCUAUGCCAGCCACACCCACCCUCGCAAUGGUCCCAUGGUCUCCUGGACUUGGUGAAGAGAAGUGACAUUAGCCUCAUUGUCAAACCGAGUCGACGACCCCGACAAGCCGUGGCGAACAUUUUGGCACCAACCCAUAUGGCUGCUUGGGAUUUUGGGUUGCUAUGCCAAAGCGUAGAAGAGGCUAACAACACUGGAUAUGACGAGGGUGAAGGUACUGAACGCCAGGCGGUGAUACGGGCCCUUUUCAAAGACGAUCGCCGUCUCAAUGAAGCCCAGGAUCUGCUUUCAACGCACAAGACCAGGGUGGUCCGUCUUAAUCCUGAUCCUACUUGGCCGGAAAGCGAGUACUUGGAAAAGCAGAAAGAGCUUGUUUCUAGAAUCGCAACGGGUACACUGGCAAUCCCGGCGGGUCGUGCGCUGUUAUACUAUAGUUUACGCUUCCCUCUGAUAACCCAAAAGUUCCACAUUGGCGGCUUCAACUUGAAUUGCAUAGUUAAGCCAACCAAGGUCACUGUCGGUGUUGACAAGUCGCUGUUCACGGAGGAGAAGGUUUGCUGGGGCUUCUUUCACCAAGGCGUUGCUGCGGGCCUAGCAAUUUCGCCCCAGGCCAAAGGGAUCGAUACUUCUUGGAUCUUGUACAACAAACCGGCACAAGAGUUGAGUAACAGACACGCCGGCUUUCUCUUAGCCCUUGGCUUGAACGGACAUCUCAAAGGAGUGGCCAAAUGGGUUGCGUUCAAGUAUCUGACUCCCAAACACACCAUGACAUCUAUUGGGCUGCUUCUGGGUUUGGCGGCAUCAUAUAUGGGCACGAUGGAUUCUCUCAUCACUCGAUUACUGUCAGUUCAUGCAACACGCAUGCUCCCUCGCGGUGCCGCCGAGUUGAAUUUAUCUCCUCUCACACAAACAUCUGGGAUUAUGGGCAUUGGCCUCCUGUACUGCAACAGCCAGCAUCGACGAAUGAGUGAAAUCAUGCUCUCGGAAAUAGAACACAUUGAUGAAGACGACGAAGAGGAGCCUCUCAGGAGCGAAUGCUACCGUCUUGCCGCUGGCUUCGCCUUGGGCCUCAUCAACUUAAGCAAGGGCGGUGAUCUGAAGGGUCUCCAAGACAUGAAGCUCACGGAGAAACUCAUUGCUCAUGCCACGGCAACCAAGAAUGUCGAAAUCGUCCACAUCCUUGACAGGGCUUCAGCUGGCGCUGUCAUGGCCAUCGCCCUCAUAUUUAUGAAGUCUGAAGAUACAAUUGUGGCCCGAAAGAUUGACGUUCCCGAUUCGGUUCUGCAGUUCGACUAUGUGCGGCCAGACAUCCUGCUCCUUCGCACCCUGACCAAGAAUCUGAUUCUCUGGUCAAGGAUCGAGCCUACACUCGCAUGGGUCCGCGACAGCCUUCCUGUUCCGUAUCGCUCCCGACACAAGCUGCAAUGCACGACCAAGCUACGCUCGACAGACCUCCCAUUCUUUAGUAUACUGACCGGAAUUUGCUUUUCGGUUGCCCUUCGAUUCUCGGGAAGUGCCUCCACCAGGGCUCGGGAUCUGCUGCUACACUACCUUGAUCAAUUCAUACGCAUCUCAAACAUCGAAGCUACCCCGCGGCCUCACCCAGAUGCUGCACCUCUGUAUGACGAGGAACUCGCAAGGUCAAAUGCUAGAAUGUGCCAAGACAUUCUGGCCUUGUCCUGUUCCAUCGUCAUGGCUGGCACCGGCGAUAUUUUGGUUCUGAGACGGCUGCGCUCUCUACACGGCAGGGAUAACCCGGAUGUCCCAUACGGAUCGCAUCUUGCUGCCCACCUGGCCAUCGGAUCUCUAUUUCUAGGGUGCGGAACGGUAACGUUUGGCUCCAGCGAUAAAGCAAUUGCUGCCUUGCUGAUAUCAUUCUAUCCCAUCUUCCCAACCAACGUGAUGGACAACAGGUCACAUCUCCAGGCCUUCCGCCACUUUUGGGUUUUGGCAACAGAGCAGCGCUGCUUGGUUGCGAAGGAUGUGCUGACGGGACUGCCAGUAUCCGUGUCUGUACAAAUCAAGAUGAAGCAAGAUCCUUCCUCUGAGCAUGUUCUGUAUCGUACAACGCCUUGUCUCUUACCUCCCCUUGAUCAAAUAUCAAGUUUGUCGACUUCUUGCGGACCUCGAUUUUGGGAUAUUGAGCUCGACUUCUCCAAUGAUGAGCUACGACGAGCGUUUUCUCAUACGCAGAGCAUGUACCUACAACGACGCCCACCAUCCGAAGGAGCUUUCACAUCUACGCUGCGAACUUUGGGCAGCGAGGGCAAGGGAAACAAUCCGCUCGAGUGGAUAUUUGGUCUAGGCAAACUUGAAAGCGUAAGCUACGCAGAACGCGCGGCCCUUUUGGAGAGCAACGACAAGGAACAAGAUGGGGUGUCUGCUGUAGAUGCUCGAAUGGAGAUGGAGAGCGGCAUUGUACAAGGCGGCGAUCGAGAACGUCUGCAGGGUGCAAGACUCCUCUUCGAAUGGGGGGCCACCCGAGAAAGGCUGCUCAAGUCUGCCGCUCCCAGCCUCCAAGAAAGCCAAGCUACCAUCAAAACCGGUGCCUCUCAAGAGGCAGAGACAACGGGGGGAGGCCUGGCGUCCCGCUCCCCCGGCGGUGAUGUAUGGUGGAUGCGGGACAGUGCAAUUGAAGCAUUAAAAGGCCAGGUCUGGCUAGCUGUACGAGACGGAGAUCAUUAG